AUGUCUGGUUUCAAUCCUUUCCGCGCGAGAAACCCAGACAGUAGCUCCGCUGGUGCCACGGCAUCACUCCCAAUUCCCGACAAUGCGUCGCUGGACCUGUUCUCCAAACCAGCUCCUUCGGUGCCUACCCAGCUGCCCAACGGUUACCCCAAGAAGCCUGCGUUAUCCUUGGAACUCGAAACCGAUGACUCGACUUCAACAGACGAACAGUCUGUGGAUCCGUUCAAUCCCGACCCUUCCGUGAGCGACAUUGACAACGACCUUGGCUACGAUGACAAUACCCAGCGGAGAAGCUCCACGAGCUCGGCGCUCAAUGAUCGCCCGCGAGAAUUCUUUGGGUCUGCUCCACAUCCAGCUCCAUCCGCCGAUGGAUCGACGACCACGCCAUCAUUCAACUUGCCAUUUGUACCUGCUACACAAACCAUGCGGUCAGGAUCAGAGACUGGACUGACCUCGGACUCAAGCUCACCGCAAGAAAAUGUCCCAAUGCCGGUGACUCGCGAUGGGGGCCAGACACAAACAUCUCGAUCUCCACCGGAGCUAGGCACCAGUACAUCUCCGUCAAGUCGGUCCAACAAAGAAAAGAAGCCACCACCUCCCCCACGAAGUCAUCAUGGCAAACGUAUUAGCACUGCUACGAAUACUACGGCCAGCACCAGUGUCAAUGCCGCUUCUUCGUCCUCUCACACCUCACCACCUCGAUCUACUAACCGCCUCCCAUACCAUGCCUCCUCCCCGGAGAGCCAGAUCUCUGCACGCCGGUCCGGUACCCCUAAUGCCAGCUCGACAAGCCAGGCUCCGGGAUCAGACUACUUCACCUUCUCGGUUUCUUCUGAAGACCAGCAGCGCGCACGAGCACCGGACCCGACCUAUCCAGGCGAGUCCGUCCACCGCAGUACCUCUCAACAUUCCCAGCACAAACGCCCCCCCACUCCCCCUCUAAGCCGCCGACAUAGCCAGAUGCGACGAUCUAAGUCCAUACAGUCCAAGUCAAGUGGCAGUCGUCUAACCAUGUCCUCGCGUGAUUCCGAGAGCACGGAUAGCUCACAGCCUCCUAGCCCGGGUCCAUCCACCCGCUCCCUGGCCUCUUCAAUACCAGAUCGCAAGCGUCUCAGCAUGCCACCACCUGCCUCUAGGUCCAGGGAGAGGGAAGUUGAACUGCGUGCCGUGCCCGGGCAUUCCCUACCCCCAGACUCCUUAUCACCACCUCCCUCAACCAGCAGAUCAAAUCCUCCCCCGCCCGGUCGGCUAUACUGUCCGGUGGCUCGUCCUCCUCCGUGGCACCUCCACCCCCGCCGCCUCCCGCGCCGCGCGCGAGACUCUGGUUCCCGUAGUAGCGAGGGGAGGCCGGUGUCACAGGUGAUGGGGAUGGAGGAAACACCUUUGCCGCAGCCAUCUAAUGCUCAGGAUAUCUUGGCUGAUCUGUCCCGGCUGCAGAAGGAGGUGGAUGAUCUGCGUGGGCACUAUGAGAGCCGCAAGGUUAGUCAAUGA